CAUCAAAAUUCUAACCUACAAAUCGAUCUCGUGUUUACCUUUUUACUGCAAAUCGAAAAGUCUGUUCUCUGAUGUUUUUGUGGAUAGUAGAAAGAUCUAGAAAAUAAGAUUAUUUUGGGAUAAUUUGUUUGCUUGAAUUGGUUUAAAAAGAAUUAUAUAACUGUUUGCAUUACACAAACUGCGUCAACUACAACUGAAGGUAAUUUUUAUUACAUUGUAUGUUCAAAAUUGUUUUCUUUGCAAUAUAACCUAAACUCAGUCGUUAUUCUGACCACAGCUAAAACACAAUAUUUGUUAUUUGUGAGAUUCUUGUCAAAUUUAAUAUAAAUAACAUGUAGUUAACAGCUUUUGUUUACUUGAUUAAUUCUUCUCAUGAUUUUGAUGAGUCUUUGUUUCGAUGAGAACUCCAGAACAAACAUGAUCAUUCCAAUCAGAUGCUUUACAUGCGGCAAAGUGAUUGGCAACAAAUGGGAGGCAUAUCUUGGACUUCUACAAGCAGAAUAUACAGAAGGAGAUGCUCUGGAUGCCCUUGGACUGAAAAGGUACUGUUGCCGGCGGAUGCUUCUAGGACACGUCGACUUGAUCGAAAAACUUCUCAAUUAUGCUCCUCUUGAAAAGUGAAAGACAUUACUUGAAUUUGUUCUAAUACACCUUCUUUUUACCUUUGUUUUAAGCUAUGACAAUUUGAAUGUAAAUACCUAAUAAAUAAAGUACUGUAUUUGUAAA